AUGAAAGCUCUCGUGCUCAACGAUUCUGUGGAUUACAAAAUUCGCCAUACUUAUUUUAUUGGUGAGAACAAUUUUGCUGGUUUUUCCUUUGGAACCUCAGACGAGUACGUAGUAAGGCAGUUACGCAGCCGACCCGAAGUCCAGUUCGUAGAGCCAAACAACUGGAUGGUGCUUUGCACAUUGUGCGAGGCUGAGAACACAAAACAGAAGGGCAGAGAUUUGUGGGGCCUAUCACGAAUAAAUAAUCGCAAAAGGUGUUCAAACGACGUCACCUAUGCAUACGAAAGAGACGCUGGCAAGGGCGUUUACGUUUACGUCGUCGAUACUGGCAUUGAUGUGUCAAACCCGGAGUUUGGUGGGAGAGCAAUAUGGGGAGCCGACGUUUCGUACGAAUCGCUUAACAGAGAAAAAGAUCUUAAUGGUCACGGUACCCGUUCCGCCAGCAUCAUUGGGUCCAAAACAUUCGGAGUUGCCAAAUAUGCCACAUUAGUAGCCGUCAAAGUAGGGGACGCUAAUGACAACUUACGCUUUGUGAAAAACGACGACGUUUUAGCUGGUCUGGCGUGGGUAUCAGAACACCACAAAAACCGCUCUGCUGGCACCAACUCGUCUGUCAAAUCUGUCAUCAAUCUUGGCGCGACACUUGCAAAACACUCCGCAUCGCUGGAAAGCGCUGUUAAAGCCAUAGUGGACUUAAAUAUCCCUGUGGUAGUUGCUGUCGGGAACGAGUUUGGCGACGCAAGUCAUCACUCUCCGUCAAGGAAUAACACCAUAAGAGUUGGGGCAACGGACAGAAAAGACGCGCUGUGGUACAUGUCUCAUAACGUCGGAUCAAAUUUUGGCAGCGCCGUCGAUAUUCUUGCACCCGGAGAGAACAUUUGGGCCAUGGGUCUCAAUGGUCCCGAUCUUAAAAACGGCACAUCGAACAGUGCGGCUUUCGUAAGUGGUGUAAUCGCGAGCUAUCUGACGAAUAUGACCCAAGAAAUGCAUCCCUCCAAAAUAAAGGAGUGGCUGCUUUCUUCUGCGACUCAUGGCAUGAUUAACAUCAGGGACAAAGAAGGAACGGCAAAUAAGUUACUUUAUAUGUAUUGUAAUGGACCAAUCGUUAAUACGGUGUCGCCGGGAAAUUAA